AGUACGAGGUGAGUCGGCUUCGCUUUCGGCAGGGCCUUCGCGGCUCUCCACGCCCCGGUUUCUAUCCGAUUUUCCUUGAAACGAGAACACGAAAAUACCUCUUACAACAUUUCGGCCUCGAUCCGUCCCGUUCCCGCGAGCUUUUCGACCCUCUGUUCGCCGUGUCCACCGUCCAACCAUCGCUUCCUCUUCCACGGUACGAUCGCCUCCCUCUCUCCCAGAAAGCCUCCCCCGUCUGCCCAUUCUUCCGCUUGUUCUUCUCGGUUAGUGUGCUGGUUCGUUCGGGACGAAGUGCGCGAAACGUCCGCGGAUGAAGAACGUGGGUCUCGAGCCACGGGGAUGACUCGAAAAAAAUGUGCGUCGAACCAAUGUGGCUGACGAGGCUGGAAUCAGGCCUCGCGCGAUCCACGGUAGCUGUUAAAGGAUGCACAAGCUAGCCAAAGGCCUGAAGAAGAAGAAAAAGCAGAAGAAGGGCAAGAAGGGGGCAGAGGAAGAAGAGUUCGAUCCAGAGGAGCUCGAGAGUUAUAGGCGAUCGCGGGCAUUGGCCCAGACGAACGUCGAGUCAUCCGGCGAGCAGGCCAGCAACGCCGGUUCCGACGAGUGGAAGAAGUUCGAGGCAUUGACCGCCGGCGUAGACUCGAUCCUCAAGAAGACCCAGGGUGACCUCGACCGCAUCAAGUCGACCUCGUUCUUCCAACGAAAACCGCCGUUGAACGAGAAGAAGGAGCACGAAGAGGAGACCCAGGAGGAGCCCGACAAGAAAACAUCCUCCAAGAAGUGGGUGGGUUUCGACGAGGAGGGGAAUCCGAUCGAGGGGGAGCCACCAGACUUCGAGGGGAAAUCAGCCAAGGAGAAACCGUUGGUCAGCGAGGACGGUUUCGUCGAGGUUCCGGACGACGACGAUGAACCGGAGGUUUCCGGGGACGAGGACAUCUUCGACACCACCUACGUUGACGUUCUUCAGAAUAUCGACGUUCAACUAGCCUACAUUCCGGAUAGCCCAACCGAGGAGGAGGCUGGGGACGAUCCGUUCGACACUACCAGCGCGGACAAGGUUCUCAAGACAGUCGACAGCAAGGGGAAGAAGCUGGUUAGUUUAGCAAACGCGGUAGAGGUACUGUCCGGACGAAUCGACUACGUAAGUACGUGCAAGAUCUCGAAAAGCAGAAAACCGAGGCUCCAGCAGGACUUGUUGUUGGACGAUUUCGAGGAGAGUGCUACCUUAGAGGAGAACGUAACCGCCGAGCCCGUUCAAGCGGAGAAGACCUUGUUGGACGAUGACAGCGACCUCCCGGACAUUCCUGUAGAUUUAACAAAGCUUCCCACUGUAUUGCCCAAACCGGUCACUCAGGAGACUGUCGCCGAGAGCAAACCACCGAACGAGCCGCUCGAUAUCUCAGAGUUCGAGGUUCUGAAGGAGAAGACCAUCUUGGAAGAGAUCCCCGACUUGUACGACGCAGAGUUCGACCUAACAGACGCGCCUGACGAGCUGCCGCGUCUCGAAGAGGCCGAGGAUCCGUUCGGUAGCAAAGAACCGGAGACCGUAGACUUCCAGUCGGAGAUAGCAGAGGCUAGCUUCGUCGCAGCCACAUUCGCCAACGAGGAGGACCCUUUCGACACCACCUUCGCCGAUAACAUCCUUCCCGGCAAGACAGAGUUGAAGUUCAUCGAGGAGGAGCUCGAUAAUCUCCCGCCUCAUCCUGUCUCGGACGUGACGAUCUCGUUGACCGACCCAGCUGGACUCAACAGGGACUACGAGACAGGUUUACUGACCGUAGAGAAUGAGAACGGUACCGUCGUGGGUCUGCAGGCGAAGAGAGACCUUCUAGGAGGAUCGACCACCGACUUGAGCCAAUUAGCCGACCAGCCCAUCGCGCCCGUAGAGGACAUCACCUACGUGGAUCCGUUCGACACAUCGACCGUUCAGGAGAUUCCACUCGGGAGAACAGAGUUGAAAUUCCUCGAGAAGGAACUGCUAGGUGAUCAGAACCAACCAUCGAGCGUUCUAGAGGACGACGACGACGACUUCGAUCCGAGAAAAGACGAGCAACCGGAAGUAAUAGGACCAACAUCAUCGAGUCACCCGUGUAGACCGCCGCCACCGACAUUCACCGUUGACUUUAACGAUCAACAACAAACGAAGGAAGGGUCUGAGCCAACGGACGAGCAACCGGAAGCAACAGAGGCUAAGGCGACACCAUCGAAUCACCCGUCUAGACCCCCACCGCCGACCGUAGCGCCUCAGCCAACGUUCACCGUCGACUUUAACGACAAACAAACGAAAGAAGAGACUGCCGUUAACGUCGAUUUCGCACGGAGGUCCUCCAGGCCUGAAGUUCUCAAAUUGGCACCCGCCAAGGCGGUCGUCUUCGAAUUACCAACACCGUCCAAAAGACCAGAUCUCCUAGCCACCACCGAAGAGGAGAAAGCGUUACACUCGAAGCCGCUCACGCCGUAUUACACCCAAAAGUCCAUCGAGGAGGUUUUGCCCAACGAGGAAGAGGAAGCAGAAGACGUCGAUCCGUUCGACACGAGCUUCGUAGCCAAGGUAGCGCCGGGUAAGACAGAGCUGAAGUUGAUCGAGUCGGAGCUUCUGAAGCAGCAGCAAUUCGAGUUGCCGCAUAGUUACAGCGACCACGAUUUCGAUCCCAGAGGCGAGAGCGAGGCAAUCCGAAGGCAAAGCGAUUUCACGGCCGCCUCUGUCAGGCCGAGCGACCUGAAGAUCGGCGAAUUACAGAGCACCGUAUUGCAGAAGUUCGAGGAACAGCAACGAUCCAAGGAGCCGCUACAACGACAGGAGAGCCUGUUGGACGCGAAGAUCGAGGUAGACGCGAAGCCGCUGACGCCGAAGAUCGAGGCGAAACCACCCAUCGAGGAUUGUGAGAUCUCGUACAACGACCCCUUCGAUACGUCCAUCGCUAGCAACAUCCUUCCGGGCAAGGCGGAGCUGAAAGUGCUGGAAAGCGAGCUGGAACAGAUCUCCGGCGAGAUAGCCGUUCGUCCUGCGCCGAUCAACUUGACGGCGAUCAUAGCAACCGCGGUACCGGAUAUCGACGACUUCAAUCCGAGGGCGGGAGAGCAGACGGAAUCGCAGGACUUCCUGUCCAUCGACGACCAGAACCACGCGGCGAAGGUCCUCACGCCUCAGCAGAACGAGAGCUUCGCUUUAGAGGGGGAGCUGGAUCCUUUCGACACCAGUUUCGCUACGCUAGGGCCGGGGAAGACCGAAUUGAAGCUACUCGAGUCCGAAUUGAUGGACAAAAUCGCUUUAGCCACCAUGGAUUCGAAAGGGGGAAAUCCGUUCCUGAUGGACGACUACGAGGCCGAGCCGGACGACAGGCUCGCGGGCCAAGGCACCUCGAACCCGUUUCUGCAGGACUUCGGGGACGUGGAGACCAUGGCCCCUGGGGAGAAUCCGUUUCUAAAUUACACCGCGGAUCAAUCGUACCAGUCGCAGAUCCCCGUCGACUCGACGAAUCCCUUCGCCUCGUUCGGCGAGGACGCGCCCGCCACCGAUACACCAGCGACCAACAUAUUCACUAGCCAAGGCACAGACAUGUUUGCGACCACCGAAACCGCCGAACCGAACGCGAACUUGUUCGACGCGGACGUCCUGUCGCAGGCCUCCCAAGAGAUCUUCGGUCAGCCUGCGGAUCUUGCGACCCCGGUCACGUCACCCCCGCAACCGAAAAACGGGAAGCCCGUGCCGUCCAGGCCGCCCCCGCCUAGGCCCCAACCGCCAGCACCUCCCAAACACACCAAGGAUCUGAUUUUAUCCGUCACCGGCGCCAUGGACGCCACCUCGAAUCAUUUGUUGGAUCGGUUACAGGCAACCAGAACGCCCAGCCCCACUCUGAUGCACUCUCCAUCCCCUACGCCGGAGCACAGUUUCGCGGACCUCUUGGACGUCGACUCAAACGUGCCAGACUUGAUGUCGGACGAUGCCAAAAUGGUGGACACGCCCCAGAACCAAGAUAUUCUCGAUCUGUUCGACGCGCCCAACACGGACACCACCACCGUCACGAUCUUCAGCACCUCGAUGGCCACAGGCGACACCACAAGUUUGGUCACCGACUCCACGGCUCAGGAUAAUCCGUUCGCGUGCAUCGCCGAGCAAGAAACGUCCGCCGCUCAGCCAGAGGACGGGUUCCAAUCGGACUAUCCGGAAACCGCGUCCAUCACCAGCGAGAAGAGGCCUUCCGUCGCCUCGACGACCGGAUGUCUGGGAUCCGAGGCCUUGGACAACGUCGGAUUGGACUUCGCCACGGAGGCUCCGAGCGUCCGGGAAAGUCGGCCUUCGAUCACCGCCGCCGAUCUUUUCUCCGCGAGCACCGCCGAUCAGCAAUUCUCCACCGCCACCUCCUCUGAGUCCGCGUUCUUUUCCGUCGCGGAGACGACCAUCACGACCACCACGACCACCGCGGAGCCUCUGUUCGCCGCCUCAGACGUCCCCUCUCAGCCCAGCGGACCGUUCGCCUCGGAUUUGCUGGGCGAUUUUGGCGAACCCAGCGCAGACAUGCCCGUCCCAAUAGCUUCCAGCCCGAUACCCGGCGCCGAGUUUCCCCUCACCGAGGCGUACAGGCCCGAGGAGCACCUGGACAACUUCGCAGUCACCGCAAAAACCAUCGAGAACACCAGCGACGUCUUCGACAUCUUCGCUUCCAAGUUCGAUAAGGCUGCUGAACCGGACGGCAACGCGGAUCCAUUCAUGGACGCUUUCGGGGGCGGGCCGACCGCCAUGGACACGUCCAGCGACGUUUGGGGUGAUUCGAGCGCGACCGUGUCGGAGAGAACGGUGACCGGUUUCGGGGAAGCCGAUGGGUUCGACUCGUUCUUGAGCAUGACCGCUCCACCGCAGGAAGCCAAGGUUAAAAGAGCCGAAUCCGCGGACUCUGACGACGGUCCUGACUUCAGUGUAUUCAUCAAGCCGAAAGAGGGCGAUCAAAGUGGGGUGAUCGAAGGAGGGCCUGUGCCUGUAUUGGCUCCACCGCCCAAAAGCCCGCAGAAUACUGCGUACGCCGACACUUCGCCGCGAUUCAAUCCUUUCGAUAAGUCGGGAUUCGUACAAGAUGCCGUAGCCCCUGAAGACACCGCUCAGCCGGCGGAGCUCACGAGGACGGAUUCUCAAGAAACUCCACCCACUCCCCUAUUCGACGAGGACGUUAGUCAACCGUUGGAAGACUUCCCGAGAGUAACUUACACGGGCGAUGGCUGGGAGAUGCAUCUGCGUCAGCCGAUCAAGAAAAAGAUCACGGGCCAACGAUUCUGGAAGAAGGUCUUCGUGAAGCUCGUCUAUCAAGGCGACAACCCGGCCCUAGUAAUGUAUAUCAACAGGGAUGACAAGGAUCCGUUGCAGGAGCUGCCUCUCCUGCCCUGUUAUUCGGUAUCUGACAUCGGAGCUCAACAAUUCGACCAGUACGGCAAGAUAUUUACGGUGAAGCUGCAGUACAUCUUCUACAAGGGACGACCUGGUAUUCGACCGGGUCAAGUGACUAAAGCGGAGAGGUUGACGAACAAGCUCAGCCAGUUCGCCGCGUAUGCCAUCCAGGGUGACUACCAAGGCGUCAAGGAGUUCGGCAGUGAUCUGAAGAAACUGGGUCUGCCGGUCGAACACGCCCCACAGAUCUCUCAGCUGUUCAAACUCGGCUCCCAGAACUUCGAAGACAUGAAGCUGUUCUCCUGUGCCAUCGAGGAGGCUCUGUUCAGGCUGCACGCUCAACGAGAUCGAGCGCUCACUUACAAGAUGGAGGAGGUGCAAAUCACGGUGGUGGACGAGCUUUACGUCGAACAAAAUGCCGAGGGUCAUGUGGAAAAACAGAUCGCCCGCGUUCGUCUAUUCUUCUUGGGUUUCCUUUCGGGUAUGCCCGACGUUGAGCUGGGGAUAAACGACAUGUGGCGCCAAGGGAAGGAAGUGGUGGGCAGACACGACAUAAUUCCGGUCGUAACGGAGGAAUGGAUUCGGUUGGAGAACAUCGAGUUCCACUCGUGCGUCCAGCAGGACGAGUAUGAGAAGUCCAGGAUCAUAAAGUUCAAGCCACCCGAUGCAUGCUAUAUCGAACUUAUGAGAUUCCGAGUAAGGCCGCCUAAAAAUAGGGAGCUUCCCCUUCAGCUUAAAGCCGUAAUGUGCAUUACCGGUAACAAGGUAGAGCUGAGAGCAGACAUUCUCGUGCCGGGAUUCGCGUCUAGAAAGCUGGGCCAGGUGCCCUGCGAGGACGUGAUGGUCCGCUUUCCGAUUCCGGAGUGCUGGAUCUAUCUGUUUCGUGUGGAGAAGCACUUCAGGUACGGGUCCGUGAAGUCUGCUCACAGAAGAACCGGCAAAAUCAAAGGUAUCGAGAGAUUUCUGGGCGCAGUCGACACGUUGGAGCCACAGCUGAUGGAAGUUACUUCGGGCCAAGCUAAAUAUGAACACCAGCAUCGUGCGAUCGUCUGGAGGAUGCCCAGGUUACCGAAGGAAGGCCAAGGAGCAUAUACGACCCACCAACUGGUCUGCCGCAUGGCUCUGACUUCGUACGAUCAGAUCCCCGAAAAUCUCUCCGAGUACUGUUACGUGGAGUUCACGAUGCCGGUGACCCAAGUGUCUCACACGACCGCGAGGAGCGUCAGUCUUCAAAACAGCGACAGCGACGCACCGCCGGAAAAAUACGUCAGGAAUCUGUCGCGACACGAGUACAGAGUUGGAAUCGAACACACGCAGGGCGAAGGGCCAGGAGCGUACGUGGCGGCGACGAUCGCGAAAAAGAUCCCCGAAUCGACGCCAGAGGUCGCGGCAGAAGCCUCGGACGCGCCAGCGGAAUCCGACUCGGAUUCAUCCGAAUAAUCGGUGAUCGAAACUGCGUAAGGUAACAUGAAUGUUUGACGCGUACGAAACCGACGAUACGCACUCGCGCGAGCGGUAAACAGUUACUUGCUAAUAUUAGUCGUUAAAAGGACAAACACAUAGAAGCUGCUGUACUAUCGAAGGUCUAUACAAAGAGAGAGAGAGAGAACGAUGCCUGUGAGUCGACACGGGUUGAGGCGUUUCGCGGAUCGUCGUUGGCGGCAGACGAAUUAUCUCCACGCGAAUAAAACGCAACAUACCUUGAUAUAAAAUAAUCGUAUAAUCCGCCAGAAAGCAAAGGUGAUUUCCCCAUAGCUUCGAACGCACAUCAAUAUUAACGGUUACGAUAUCGUUCGCGUUGCUUCGCUCAUUUUGCGUCGACGGGAUCCGUGAAAUGCCCCAUAGCCUCGCGUUCGCGUCGAGUCCGUCGUCUUCACUUGUGAGACAUGAUACACGCGUGCGUGGAACGUGUUCGAUACUGCGCAGAACGGUCUCGUUUCGGGCGUUUCUACGCAGUGUGUGCCACGAGCGGGGCCUUGGCUCGACGCAUAGCAAUUAACGAGAUGUACGUAGAUACGUAUGAAACAAGUAAUUUGUAAGGGUGGACAAUACUGAUUUUACGUUCAGAUUAGCUUACUAAGUAGUAGUACGCGCACGCCGGCGAAAGGCUUUACGAGGCUAUACGUAUGUCGAAGACGAAACGACGUACCCAAGUAAGUCGUCAACGAAUCUGGCAAAAAGAACUUUUCUAUAACCUUUACGAUUCCUUCGUUCAGCUGUAAUUCGAUCAGACUUUAUCGCACCGUUCAGUAUUUUCGAAAAUAUUUCUGUCGUUCGAUUUCUUUCUAAAUGGACGUGAUCGUAUCGCAACAACACGACGAUCAGAGGACAAUAGUUGUUAAUUAAGAGACCCGUUAAAUAUAGGUCGAAAUAUUGUGCGCGCAUAUCUUAUCGUUUGAGCUUGCAGAUGAUCUAUAUCAAAUGUUAACCUAGUCGUUCUUAGAGGGUAGUUUAUCAAAAUUAUUCAUCGGUUAUUAGACACAUAAGAAAAUAAUAAUAGUAAUAAUAAUGAUAAUGAUAAUAAUUAUAAUGAUAAUGCUAAUAAUAUCAAUAAUGAAGGUAAUGAGAAUUUCGCGUGAUGAAGAGAGAGUAUGCGUGGUGUUAGAAUGAACGUGAAAGAUUGCGGUCUAUCUAGUCUUUAACGAUAUUUCAUACUUCUACGCGUGUCAUAUGAUGCAAAAACAGAAUCCGACGCUUUGCAAAUCGAUGUAUUCAAGUCGUAGGCGUAAGUUUACUUUACGAGGAUUAUUUUCUGUCGGUUAUAAUUUAAGCAAAGUCUAAACGCUCGAUUUUAUCAGCGGUGAUCGAACUACGCCGCGGGAAACAGUGACACAAAGGCUUUAGAUCUAAUAGGUAAGAGGGAACGACAGUGAUGUCGUUUCAAUAAUUCCAUAAGGAGAACGAAGACCUAGACACGUAAGUUUCCGUUUAAAUUUAUCAAUUUUUCGUUGAACGUUUGUCAUCCUGCAAAGGAGAUGAGAAGAGUCUAUUCUAGUCCUUAACAUGUAAGAUGAUCGUACGACCGUUCGUGUGCCAGUUCACCGGGUCGUACGUAUCGGUACGUUUAAGUUAGGUUAACGACUAACGGAUAGUUAUGAUCAAUUCAACGACGUUUAAAAAUGUCGGCGGAUAUGCCAAGUAACUAGUAGAUACUUAGCGUUGGUUCACCCCGUUACCCGUGAAUUAUGGAUUGUCGCUCUGAUCCGUGUCAGUGCGAAUCGCGUGUUUCGUCGAACGAUGCAUCGAAUCGUGGACAGACAAUACCGUUCCAUUUUGUGUGACAAGGCAUAGAAUUCUAUUUGUUUUUUGUUUUUGUUUUUUUUGUUAUUGUUGUUGAAAGAAUGUAAAAUUUGACGUAACAUAUCGGAAUGUAGCAGUAAGAAAAAAUAAAACAGCGCAAAGCUUUUCGUUCAGCGGCGCGACGGUCUGUUUACGUUUGAUACAUUAAACGGAUCUCGAGGGAACUUUUCUCGCGAAAAGUUCGUCUCUGGAUAAGACGUUACCAGCUCGUGAUCUCAACUACGCGUAAUAUCGCAUCGUCGUGCGAUAUCCGGGACGACGUUUGUGUAUCUAAAGGGAGAAAAAUCCGAUUUAAACACAUACGAUGCAUAUUAUAAAUAUAUCUUAGGGAUGGUAAUUGAAUUAUAGGUUAUGUGUGAUACCAGCAUGCUUGUCGACACGGUAUUUUUCCAACACCGGACGAGUGUAUACUGUGAACGAACUAAUGCAUCCGAUAAUGCAUUUCGAAAAAUCCUUCGUCCGUGCGAGGAGGUCGUAGUUUGUUUUUGAUCUUUUUUUAUCGAAACAAGCCCAAUACUUUGGAGAACAUUACCUUGAAAUAGAGGAAGGUAGGUUAAAACCGGAUAUGUAAUACAUUUUUUCUUCCAACAUAAAUCGAAAAGAUUUCAUGCUGAACAUUUUAGGCCUAUUUAAAUGUAACUUUUUCAUCCGCUAUGAGGUACAAUAAAAAAAAAACAUACACGCUUCCUUGGUUAAAAAGAGCCGAUUACCUUGAAAAAAUUAAAAAAAAUGACCGUACGCAAAAUACUGUUCUUGCACGAUGUUUCUUCUUCGAAACUAUUUGAAUUAAGCUUGUACUGUCGCGUGAUCUUGUAAAUUGCUAAUCGCAGUUUUCAUCUUAGGGAAACAAUUGUAUCCAGUUUUAACCUGCUAUUCGAUUUUACUCUACUUUUUACUAUAUUACGUUUUGACAACUGCCGAGGCACGUACCGUUAGUGUUGUAUUAUUAUUUCGCAUUAUUCUUUAAUAUAUUAUCUCCUUUUCUAUUAUUCUGUUCUUUUAAUGCAAUCGUUAUCGCAACUAAAUCUUCACACGAAAGUAAGAACUAUGUCGACAUGUUGGACGAUUAAUUUUUUUCGCAAUAGUGAGCAAUAUUACACAUACAUAUAGCGAGCAAUGGAAAUUAAUGAUAAAACACUAUCGGUACAUGCUUCGGUGGUAAAGUAGUUCGGCUCGUUGCGUGGAUAUACAUACAAUGAAAUUAUACUAUGCACAAUUGCACGGUCUCUUACGAUCGGGAGCGUAAUCCUAACCCCUCGAAGGACGAUCGAGGCCGAGACUAUAACUAUGGAAGAUACAGAUCAGAGGCAUUGCUUCAGUUCGUUUCGAAACAAUAAUUGUCCGUUGCAUAAAUGUGAACAAAGCGAAUCUUGUUAAUGCCGAGCCAACGAAACCGACCUUUCACGUUUCGAAGUGUUUUAGUGUUUAAACCAAUCACGGAAAUUCAUGUCUGGAAACAAUGUUGCUGUUGUUAAGCUGCGUCGAUAAGGUAGACUUUACUUUAAUCAUUACGACCUCCGUUGUUACUACUCCUAAGAAAUGUCGCCCCGUUCCGCCGAGUUUAUUCGUUUACCUGCAUAUAAAUAUUAAACUGCGUAGAAAUAUAGAUAUAACCCUGUUGUCUGGAGUCCCUGUAACGAUUUAUUGUAAAGGAAAAAUUAGUAGUGUCGUUGUUGCUCUUCAAUUAAUGUUUAGUGUUUAUGCAGACGAAUCUUAAUCUGAUACAGCAUGUGAGUCGCGUAUAAUAGAAAUGAAUUUUUUCAGUUCGAUCGUUACGAAUUAUUUAACCAUUUCUCACAGCAUCGAGCCACGAAGUAUGGCGAGAUGAGGAUGACCGUGAACAACGAGACUCGAACGUCGAGAUAGAGUACCUCUAAUCUUCGAUCUGUAACUUAUAAAUAUAUAAAUAUAUACAUAUAUAAAUAUAUAAAUAUAUAUAUAUACAUAAACAGAUGUAUGUAACGUCGUAAUGUGUAAUUAUAUGUGUAUGUAUGAUCCGUGAUUGUAAGUUGAUAGUAAUCAGUGAGGUGUAUACAAAGUGACAAACGAGAGAGGGAAGACGUAAUUAAGGGCGGAGGCGUUUACUGCACUCCGAUAUAUGUAUAUUAUAAUUUCGCAAACGAGAGAACGAGAAAAUGAUAACACUCGAAAAUAUAGACAGGAACAAGUGUAACACUGUUAGCUAAUGGUAUUAUUGAUAAAUUCUAUGUAUCAAUAAAUAAUAUAAAAUUGUUUAAGGGUCGAA